CUUUAGAACGGAUAAUCGUGAGUGUUCAAUAUAAUAGUGUCAAACAACUAGGUUAUCCGACCCUUAUGACACAUGCACGCAGAGCAAUAAGGGGGAUGGCAAACUAUUAAAACUUGUGAUGACAGCUAGCGAUCUAAUAGUUCCCCCCAGGCGGUUGGGCUUAUGUAUAUUCUUUAUAAGUUACAUCGCUUGGUUGAAUAGUGUGUACGUACUUGCAGCCGAACCCGGUGCACAACCGUUCGAAGGUCAACAUCUUGACGAUCCUCCCAAUAACGGGUCUACGACGGUCUGGACAAGUGUGUUUCUCGAUCGUAUUCUGGCUGUUGACCAAAAAAACUAUCGACAUGAGCACAGCUUUUACGUCUCCUUCACGUGGUACGAUGAUCGUGCUCUUGCACAAGUGGAGGCGGCCACACUCGAGCGACCUGGGGAAGAGUGCCACAAUCUGUGUCACCCAGGCUUUAAUCAAUGCUGUGACUCCAUCUGGCUGCCGGGUGUGGAUAUAACGAACGUCUAUGACUUCCCCGAAGGAGCAGCCGAACGCUUCAGCAUCAUUGUGCGCAACGACAGUGUGACGUGGUUUCAAAUCAUCCACGGGACCUUUUACUCGACCAUGGACUUCCGCAAGUUCCCAUUCGACAGGCAGCUUUUGGUCGUGGAAUUCGCCUCUACCUACGACACCAAUUUGACUUUCCUCCCGUCACAAACAGGCAUGCUGACCAAUGUAGCCGUAGAUGGCGACGAUGUGAGCGGAUGGACUUUCGAGCAGAUCAUACUGUUGCCCUGGGUGUUGGGCGACGGCCAGUUCGAUAAUGACGUGGGCAAAGUGGACUACCUAGCGGGCGCGGCCACUGAUCCUGCACCUGCAUAUGGCAAUCAUGCCGACGCAUGGGCCCAUAACAUAGCAGAUCACAAACCAGAGUCACCCACAAUCGAAGCCUCGAAUAUCACCGAUAGCACAGACGUUGGUCAGAUAAAUGUGGAUGCCUCCGCCUCUCACGUUGGGUGGCUAAACACACCACAGAGCACAGCACCCAACAAACUUAGGCUGCGACAUACUCUGCAUACGCAGUACAGUUCGAAUUCGUACAGAUCCGACCCAGACGCAGGUGUAUUGGGCCGCAUGCACGACUCUUUCCAGGGCAUCCGAAAAGAUGAAACCAAAGCCUUGAAGUUCGUGAGGAAGCUCGAUAUAGCGACUAUGGUCGCUCUACUAUCGGGGUAUGGCCUGGUUGCCGUGCUGGUGUUUACGCUCCCCAGUUAA